AUGAAAAAGUCCUUUGCCAAACAAAACUCACUCUCCUUUCGCUAAUCGAAGUUUUCUUAAGUUUCUCAGUCUCCAAGAAAUCGUGUUGUUGAAACCAUAUUUGAACAAGAAGAAGGAGAAAGACAGAAUCAACCAGUCAUUUCUCGGAGAAGAGAAUUCAAAAUGAACACUUCAAUAUUUAAGGUGAAUGAAGGUUGUGACAGUCCAAGAAUUUCUAAUAAACCAUAUACAGCAGGCUUCAUAAAUGAUCAUACAGAUUCCGACAGUGCGAAACAGCCAUUCUCUUAUGAUUCUGAUGUUGGAGACAAUAAAGCACCUUCCAUAAAAGAAGAACAAAGCAAUUCAUCCUUAGAGGAAGAGUCUAGCAAAUCGAAUGCAUCAAAUCCUCUCAGAAGAUAACUCAAAAUUCAAUAGAAGAAGAAACGAGUCUCUAAUUUCCACUCCCAAGACUUUCAAUAAGCCAGUACUCCAACAUCCUCUUCUUAAUAAUAAGUUUCGAUACCUAAAAAAAGUAAAUUCAGCAGCAAUGCUUCGAAUAAUAGUCCUCAACUGAUUUAGGAAUAGAUUGAUCCUGUUCACACUGACAAGGGGUAUCACUCUGAUUCCGACAUGAUCAAGACCAAUUCUUCUGUAUCAAUUGAGUAGAAGAAUGUUGGCAUUAAGGAUUUUGAAUUCAUUAAGCCUUUGGGCAAGGGAGCAUAUGGAUGGGUUUUCUAAGUGAAAAAGAAAGGGUCUGGAGAUAUGUAUGCAUUAAAGAUUAUAGAUUGUGCUUAACGAAAUUUAGAGGCUUUCUUAGAAUAAUUGUAGGCAGAGAGAAACAUUUUUGAAAUCCUUAAUAGUCAUUUUGUUGUGAAGGCAUACUUCUCAUUUGUACAUGAGCAUUACUUAUGUUUUGUCUAAGAGUAUAUGGUUGGUGGUGAUUUGGCAAGCAUUUUGAAGACAUACACAGCUUUGGAUGAAUUUUAUGUGAGACAUUAUAUGGCUGAAAUAGUAUUGGCUUUGGAAUAUCUGAGGAAUUAAAAUAUAGUACAUAGAGAUUUAAAACCAGAAAACAUUCUAUUGGAUUCUUAAGGACAUGCCAAAUUGGCUGACUUUGGAUUAUCUGAGAAGGGUUUGAAUAGCAGAUUAAAAAUGAAAAGAGAGGGUUAAGUGUUGCCAGACUGUAUCUCUUAAUAGGUUAAUGAUUCAUCGGAAUUUUAUGAACACAUCAAAAAGGCAGAAUCCAUUUUCAUUGAAUCUAAGAACAGUAGUAAUAAAAAGAUUAUUGGUACUCCUGAUUAUAUUGCACCUGAAAUUAUCCAAGGUGUGUCAGUAACUAAUUAUUCAGCAGAUUAUUGGAGUUUGGGUGUUAUCAUGUAUGAAAUGUUAUGUGGAGUGGCACCUUUUAAUGAUGACACUGUGGAGAAGAUAUUCGAGAAUAUUCUUAAUUUAAGAAUUGAAUGGCCCAAAUUAGGAGAUGAUGGAGAGGAAUGCAUUUCCUAUGACUCCUAUGAUCUCCUUACUCGUCUAUUAGAAUAAGAUUACAAGAAGAGAAUUGGGCAUGUCUCUAUUGAUGAAAUCAAGUAGCACAAGUUCUUUAAAGGUAUUGAAUGGAAUACAUUACUUAAUAAGCCUGGUGUUAUUAUACCUGAUUUGGAUCAAUCUUCAAGGGACACUGAAAAAAUGGAACAAUUCUUAGUUAAACUAACCAAACCAACCAAGGAUUAGGAACAUAAGAAAUUAACUCAGCAGCUCAAGAAUCAACUUUAGAAUUUAGAACGCAUAGAUCUAUUGAAACAAAGAAGUGUGCUGGAGGCAGAGGAAUAUAUAUAGACGAUAGAAAGAGAAUAAAGUUAUAUACAAAAAUAGAUUGAUUAACUUACUUAAUUUACUGCAAAGCUAUAUUCUUCACAUAUGAAAUAUAAAUGA